AUGUUCCGCCGCCCAUGUCUCCUCCUGAGCUGCCUUUGCCUCUGCCUCCAUCUCUGGGGCCCCAGCUUCACCCCAUCCCCACGGCCGCGGUCGCGGACGGCCUGGGAGGUGUUGGAUCUCCCCCGCGGAAGCGAUGCCAGGGCCAUCCGCCAGCGCUACCGGGAGCUGGUGGCCCGGGAGCACCCGGACAAGCGCCCGGAUCUGGCGGAUGCGGACGCGCGCUUCGCCGAGAUCACUGCGGCAUAUCGGGAGCUGAUGGAUGGGCCCAAGGGGCCCAGUGAGGAGUUCUAUGGUGAGAUGAGGGUGGACAUGGAGGAGAUGGUGGUAGAUGAACGGGACAACGAUUCCCUGGUGGUGCUGCUGUUCAUUUUCAUUUGGUUCUUGAUUUUUGGCGCCUUGGCGGUAGGACAAGAUGGUUUGAGCUGGGAAGAUUGUCGGCGCAACUGGGAGUGGUGGUGUUCCUUGAAGGGUGCCUAA